ACCAUAAGUCCUGUCUCUACAGAUCGCCCGAUAAUUCCUUUCACUACUGAUCGGCCCAUAAGUAUUAGUACUAAUACUUCAAACAAAACAUUAAGUGAACGACUGUUGGAGCCGUUGAUGGACUCAUUGCCGAAACUGUUUGUCGAGGACUACGUCCAGGAAAUACUAAUGACGGGAGAAAUGAGUGCAGAAAACAUACGAUACGGACAGAAGUACUGGAAGAGAACUAAACACGUGAUGCUCACGCGUCUAGAAAUGUUAAAACGUGCGCUAACUCUGGCUACCAAUGAUAACGAGCGCCAAUUUUUGAGCGGAGUUGUGUUAGGAAUGGAACAAAAACUGAACAAAUAUUUGGACAAAUUUGAACACUUAUUGGGCGGCAUUGACGACGAUAUACUGAUGUACGCGCCCACCGAUACGCUCAUCGAUAAUCAUCUAGUGCUUUGGCGCGAAAUGUUACGUGGUUCAUUUGUACGCAUGAUGGCCGCCGAUUUGGUGCCCCUCUGGCAUAUAUUACAGAUCCAGGAGUACCUGAAACGUCAGCCCGAAUACAAGCCGAGCCCGUUGUCUAACUUUAUACAGUAUACGGACUUUAAUAUUGAAGGAGUGUUCAACUUUUACAAGAGUGUGAUUGACUCACACGCGGCAAAUAUAACGGCCGCCGAAGAGCUCGAGCUCUUCCAAUUGAUCCGUGAAAUGGAUGAUCUUGAUUUUAGAUUCCAUAUAAUGCCUAUCCUUCCGAAGGACAAAACAUUAUGCGAUCGAGUGUUUGACACAUUAGAGGACGCGAUGGCAAAGAUGUAUAAAACAGAUUUCGUUCAGAAAGUAUUAAUGAACGCAACGCUGAGUCCGGAAAACAUACGCUUCGGUCGCAACUAUUGGAAGCGAUCCAAAGAUUAUCUUUGG